AUGAGCAAGACAAUUGGAUGUCUUCUGAAGACUAUUGGAGUUGAUUUCCUCAGAAAGGAGAAUACUCGUCUCCAUCAUACCGAUAAGUUUAAGAAUGAUAGUCUGAUUGUUCGACGUGGUCAGAAGUUCAGUUUGAAGGUGACAUUUAGCAGGGAGCUGAAAGUCAACGAUGAAAUCAUCCUGAAGCUCAGUAUUGGCAAAACGCCUUUGCAAUCCGAUGGGACACUUUUAUCCUUGAACACGAAGUCCGAGAGGAAUGACCAGGGAUGGCAUGCUAAGAUCGGUGAAACAAAUGGGAAGGAGUGUCUCAUUUCUGUGGUGAGCCCAGCAGAUGCAAUUAUUGGAAAAUAUGUUCUGGAAGUAAUAACGGGACCUAAUGUUUGUGACCCUGGAAAGAGGUUUUUCUAUGUAUUGUUCAAUCCUUGGUGUGAAGCGGAUUCUGUUUUCAUGCCUGGUGAGGAUCAGAAAACUGAGUUUGUCCUCAAUGAUACUGGAAGUCUGUAUAGAAUGACGUCGCCACAACGUUGGAAAUAUGGGCAGUUUGAAGAAGACAUUUUGGAUUGCUGCAUGUACCUUUUGGAUAAGAGCCAACUUGGGCCAAAUGACAAAAGAAAUCCUGUGAAGAUCACCAGAGCCAUGUCAGCACUGGUUAAUAUGGAGGAUGAGAAAGGAGUGCUCUUUGGGAAAUGGAAAUUUGAGAACCAAAAUCCAAAUGGUCAAUGUGAUGGCUUCCCAUGUCCUUGGAACUGGAAAGAUAGUGUCCGAAUUUUGAAGCAGUAUUACAGAACAAAAAAACCUGUCUUGUAUGGCCAGUGCUGGGUUUUCUCUGGUGUGCUUAACACAGUCAUGCGAUGCCUGGGGAUUCCAGCCAGAAGUGUGACCACAUUCAAUGCUGGUGUUGACACUGACAAAAAUAUAAGCAUUGAUUCACCCAAGGAUUCUUAUUGGAACUUCCAUGUGUGGAAUGAUGUCUGGAUGAAAAGACCAGACUUACCAAAAGGCUAUGAUGGCUGGCAGGCAGUUGAUGGCACGGCUCAAGUAAAAAGUGAAGGAAUUUAUUGUUGUGGCCCUGCAUCACUAAAGGCAAUUAAAAAUGGUGAAGUCAACCAUGACUACGACACCAUGUUCCUGUUUUCAGCAGUGAAUGCAGAAACUGGCUACUGGAAAAUAAAGAAAGACAAUGGACAAGACAAAUGUGAAUGGAAAGAAAACAAAUCCUUUAAAAUAGGAACCAAAAUAAUCACAAAAGCUAUUGGCAAUGAGAAACCUGAAGACAUCAUGGAUGAAUACAAAUUUCCAGAAGGUGAUCCCAGUGACCAUAUUGAAAUAAGAAUGUGA